CUUUAUCCCUUCAUCCCUGAUCUCCUUCAUCCUCUCCAAUCCUCAUCUGUUCUUCAGCGAGAGGAGAGACUUUUCCACUAGUCACCUGCUAGCAGUCGGAGCGUCCUGGGAUUGUUGGAUCUACCGGAGCGGGAGGUUCUGAGACCGAAGCUGCUCGGGAGCAGGAGAGGAAGCCUCGCGCGGAGAGACCCCAUUUUCCUGACAGCCACAUCGCCGCCUUGCAACUGUCGCCAUGGCAGCUGAGAAAGCUGAGAUGGACAAACUGAAAAAGGAGUGCGACGGCCUCCGAACACAGAUAGAGGCGGCUCGCAAGGCUGUAAAUGAUGGCAGCAUGUCGGCGGCAGCAGGAAGUGUAGCCUCAGUGGGCCGCGUCCAGCUGAAGCAGAGGAAGACACUCAAAGGUCACCUGGCCAAAAUCUACGCCAUGCACUGGUCGGCCGACUCCAGGCAAAUGGUUAGCGCGUCACAAGACGGAAAACUGCUGGUUUGGGACACAUUCACCGGGAAUAAACUGGUGGCCGUUCCCCUAAAGUCAGCCUGGGUGAUGAGCGUAGCCUUCGCCCCCUCUGGAAACCUGGUGGCGAGCGGCGGUCUGGACAACAUCUGCACGGUCUACAACAUCAAGGCUGCCAGUCCCAAGACUCUGCGCGAGCUGGAUGCUCACACAGGUUACCUCUCCUGCUGCCGGUUCCUCAGUGACAGUGAGAUCAUCACGGCCUCUGGCGACACCACAUGUUGCCUGUGGGAUUUGGAGACAGGAAAGCAGAAGACCAUCUUCACCAACCACAUUGGCGACUGCAUGUCUCUGGCCCUGUCUCCGGACAUGAACCUCUUCAUCUCCGGAGCCUGCGACUCUCUGGCCAAGCUGUGGGACGUGAGGGAAGGAACCUGCAAGCAAACCUUCAGCGGCCACACCAGCGACAUCAACGCCAUCGCGUUCUUCCCGAACGCCAAUGCCAUCGUCACCGGCUCCGACGACUGCAGCUGUAAGAUGUACGACCUGCGCUCCGACCAGGAGGUGAACGGAUACCAGGACUCCAGCCUCAACGCCGGCGUCACAUCUCUGGCCCUCUCCAACUCUGGACGUCUGAUCUUUGCUGGAUACGACGACUUCAACUGCCACAUCUGGGACUCACUGAAGGGCGAGAAAGUCGGUGUUCUCUCCGGCCACGACAACAGAGUGAGCUGCACCGGCGUUCCUGAGGAUGGAAUGGGUGUCUGCACAGGAUCCUGGGACAGUUUCCUCAAACUGUGGAACUAAGUUUCCAGGCCAAAGCUUCAGGAGAGGGGGUAGAGGAGGAGAGGGAGGCGGUGGAGGAGAAAGGGAUUAAACAAUGGAGGUGAAUCAGGUCAUGGGGGAGUUUCAGUUUUACUCUCUCUCUCCCCACAUCUCCUUGUCCUCCUCGGUCAUCUAUGCAUACGUAAGCGGUGGAGAAAAGCGUCAGGAAAACUUGAUGUGUCCGACUGUAAGUAAAGAGAGUUUUACUGUUAUUGACAAAAAAAAUUAACAGAAAAUGUGUAAAAAUAAAUUAAUAAAAUAGCACUCUGUGUAAAACAAGAAGAAAAAGAUCAACAAUGUCCAGCACAUAGCUGACAGUAAAGAAGAAGGAGGAGUUAUUUUUCUGAUGGUUGAAAGCUCAACUUGACCCUGCACUUGUUUAGAAGCACUGACCGUAGCUAGGGUUGUGUAGACGCAGAGUUUAUGUACAGUUUCUCUUUUCUUUUCUUUUAUUUUUGAGCGGCUCCGACGUCCGCCACUGCAGAAGAGCUAGAGUUCAUCUUUUGGUCAACGUGCAACGAGAGAUGUCUGUUUUCUGUGGCUCGGUGGAGCCCGUGGUCGAGCCUGCUCAUCACUCUGAUGACCAGCUGCGUUUCAUAGAACGUUCACGAGUCGCCAGUUGCUGUGUAUAAAGAUCAAAUGUUUGUUGAAACGGUUUCUAAUAAACAUAGAAUUCUGCAUUAA